AUGUCCACACACAUCUGCACCAACUUCAACCAAAGUCAGAAAGGGUCAAGACAAGAUCUCAGAGAGUCUCAGACUCAAGUGGUUUGGUCGACCUCCUUCAAAUACAAAAAACUCCAGUCUGCUCCCUCUGUGUCCCCGCUGCCUGUGCCUCCUAAAGAGCACUCCUGCCUGGACAAAAGGGACUCCAAACAUCUGCCCCCACCAGAGAAGACUGGACCAAAGACACUGCCCAAGCCUCACGCAGGAGUGUUCACACCCAGGCCCUCUGCUCAAAUGGCCAGCCUACCCACGCCCACACCAUUCCCUGCACCCAUGCCGGCGCCCCUUCCUGGAGGCCUGCCUCUCACCAGGAUCUGUGGACGUAAGCGUCUCACAUGGGACCAGAGGAAGAAGUCCUUCUCGGAGCCCAAGUGCAUGAAUGAGAUUGGACUGACCCAUGCGGAGAGCACAGCACUCCUCAGACGAGCAGGAGACACCAGUGUGGCCAUCCACAGGAGGAUGUUUGAGCAAGUGUCCCAGGGUCUGGUAGGCAGGGUUUCUGUAGUGGUGGGCGAGGCCCUGGAACAGGAUGCACGCUUGAGACUGGAUAGUAAGUGCAACCAAAGGAAGGGGUGUAGCCAGAGGAGACCUCAGAGUGCAGUGCUCCAGCCCCUCCACAGCCCUGCAGACUUGUCUCCUCUUAGCCUUGUCACCUCCUCCAGCAGGCUGUCCCUGCAGGGCUGUGCUCAGGAACCACAGCUCUUCUCUGGGAAGGAGGAUCUGAGCUCCCCCUUGGCCUCUGGAGGAGACUGUAACACCCCCUGCUACACUGUCAUCUAUCCAGGACGAGUAACAGCCCCUCGCGCUCCUGCUCUCCAACUGCCAAAAGUUGCAGAGGGGCCUUCAGCAGCUGAUGUGGUCUCUCCUCCUCUUCUGGCCCACAGUCGUACACGAGAGCCACACUUGGUGCCAGUCCCUCGUAAAAAGCGGGCGCGGCGCAGUGACCACUCCACACUGGCUGCCUCUGUGGGUCUGCCCUGCCCCCUGUCCGACGCAGCCCGCCACCUGUCUAUUCUGCCCCCCCCUGGCCAAUAG